AUGGCCGAAGCAAGUCUCUUCAUCAAACACGAAUCCGACAACCAUCCAUUCAUGAUGUCGCACUCGGGUUACUCGAUGGGUAACCAGUUUGGGAAUCCCAACGAUGCGGUGGACCCUUCCGACUUGACUAUGCAACAGAGUGGCUUCAUGCCUUACUCCUACGGCUCUCAACAGAACAUGUCAUCCAGCUUCAACUUUGGAAACUCGGGAAUUGACACCGACGAGUUGCUAGAUCUCGAGAUCAGUGGACAGAACGGUGUCCAGCGUGAUAAUAACAUGAACUACCUCCAAGACCAGUCCGGCGGCAUGGCUAUGAGUCACCAGAGCCAAAUGUCCCACAUGUAUUCGAACACCCCCGAUGGCGCCCCGAUGGCCAGCCCAUUCACCCAGAACAGUUUCAACUAUGAUCAGUUCCGAAUGAACCAGCAGAACCCACAUCUCCAGAAUGCUAGCUCCUUUGAUCAAAACUACCUUCACACCAAGUCUCGGCCGAGCCUGCAGACAAUGGACCGCACCUCAUCGGAUGCCCGCAGCCCCAUGACCCCCAAGACGCCCGCCUUGGGAUCUCUGACCCUGGGCACUCCCGAGUCGGGCAGCUUCCCCGGCCAACCCAUCCGGACUAGUGGGUUGCAACACCGCCACCAGAAGACCUUGUCGAACCAAUGGGACGGGACACCAGGCAGUGCACAAUCUUACGUGGAAUCGCCGAUUUCCUCCCCGGGCCGCCCGUCGCAACAUGCCGGGAUCUCGGAGAUCAUCAAGUCGGGCAAGCAUGCGUCGUUGCCUGCCAAAGUGGACAACCACCUACCCGGAGUGCCCCAGGAUCUCGAGUCGCAAGAGGCCAAGCGCCGACGCCGCCGUGCCUCUCACAACCUGGUCGAGCGUCGACGCCGCGAUAACAUUAACGAGCGCAUCCAGGACCUGUCGCAUUUAGUGCCGCAGCACCGACUCGAGGAUGACAAGGUUCGGAAGCAGCUUGUCAACAACAGCGCCCUCUCCAUGGCUGGGGCGGCCCCCAAUGCCGCCACGUCCCUGCUGGCUGGCGGGAACGGCCGCCGAGCGACCCCGGGUAACAUCACCAUGGGUCUGCCGAUUGAAGAGAAAGAGAAGGGGCCCAACAAGGGCGACAUUCUCAACGGCGCCGUCAGCUGGAUGCGUGAUCUGAUGUGGGCCCUGCAUGUCAAGUUCCAGCAGGAGGCCGAGCUGGCAGAGUUGAUCGGCAGCCUCGGCGGGGCCUGGCCGUUCGAGCAGACCGAGGAAGAGAAGCGCAUGCGGAGUGAGAUCCUCGACGCCCUGGAGAAGAACGAUCCCAGUUCCUUCAGCUACACCCGCGGGCCUGGGAGCGGGCUGCGCGUGCCCAAGCACACGAAUAUGGCUGGCGACCCGUCUCAGGGUGGCGAGGGCCUGACCCCGCCCAGCAUGAGCCCGCCCUUCCACAAUGGCGCCAACGGCGUGGGUCAGUCGCAGUACUGGAACAGCGCCGGCCAUGCCGCUAUGAGCUUCAAGGAGGAAGACGAGUACGGCAUGGAGAUGAGCUGA